GGGGCGUGCGCGCGCGGUGAGGGGGUGUGCGCGUGGGGCCCGGCUGUGCGCAGUGGCUGGAGCCGAGGGAGCGCCGCGUUCGCGGGGCCCGCCGACGGGCGCCGUGUGGCCGCGGGGCCUCCCGAUGAGUUAAAAUGGUGCUGAGGCUCGAGGGGAGCUGGUCGCUGCUCGUGGGAAAGAAGUUCCUCAGCCUGUCGGAGGAAGACGACAGGCCCUGGGACGUCAGCCGCGUCUUGGAAUGGCCCUGGAAGUCAGGCAGGAUCCGAGCGGUUUCGCACACGGACAUCUCCAAACAAGACCUGAAGAUCUGUGUGGAGUUUGAUGAUGAGCCAUGGGAAAAGAGAAGAUGGAUAGAAGUCUACAACCAUAGAAUGAAAGCAUUCCUGGUGGAGCAAAAGCUGGUACUGGCUGAAAGAAAAUUUCCAGCCACUUCUAUGUCUCCUGUCCAGUGGCCUGCAAUGACCUACAAGUCCUUGGUGGACAAAGCUGGUUUGGGAUCGAUGGUUUGUGCGCGCUAUCUCGGGGAGGAGAGAUGUGUUUUCAUUUCUAAAGACCUUCUGACACCCAUUCAGGAUGUGGACAACUCCAGGCUUCCUCUUAAAGAUGAUCAAAAUGUUAAUGAGGAAAUUCAGGCUUUGGUUAAGAAACACCUGGAUGAAACCCGUUUGGUACAAGGAGGGAAAAAUAUCAUUGGUUCAAAAAUUAGGAUUUAUAGCCUGGAUCCAUCCACUCAGUGGUUCACAGCAGUUGUUGUCAAUGGCAAUCCAGCUACAAGAACUCUAGAAGUCAACUGUCAGGAGAUUCCAGCUUUAAAAACUCUGGAUCCAGAGUUAAUUCACGUUGAAAUCAUAUAUGACAACAAUGGGAAGUGUGAUAAGUCUAAGAGAAUUGGGGGGGUGAAAAGGAAGUCAUCUGAGAAUGGUGGAAGCAUUGAUGCAAAACAGGCCAAAUGUUGUGAGGUUCCUCCCAGUCAGGGACAUGUGCAGUCAGUACCAACUGUGUUGGGUGAAGCAUUGCUAGGAUGUACUCCUGCUAACAAAGACCAAAGGCACCAAGGCCUGCCCCUGCCAGCUAACUCACCACCCAACCUUGGUGCAGAAACACCUCAAGGCACGUGCAGACGAAGCUUACCAGAGACUCAUCCUUCCUGUCUCAGUGCUGGAAUGAAACCAUUGAAGGAAAACCUGACUGCCUUUCCCAAGGUGGGGUUUGUGUCUAAAGAACAAAACCUUAGCAAUCCAAACGCUAAAUAUACCUCUCUGACAGCCUCAAGAUCUUCAUCUUUGGCUGAUUUGGCCAGUGAGAAGGGAACCAGCCUGAAAACCACGAAGGAGCCUCUCCUGAAGCCUGCCACAAACUUUUCAAAAGAAUGUGUCUCUGUAAAACAGUUGCAGCACCUAAACCCUUCCACAGCCGUGCCCAGGGGCGGCAGCGCUGCGGAGCUGCAGCGGACUCUGGACUGUAGACCCUCGACCUCGGAUGCUCAUCUGCUCCCUUUUGCUGACUCUGGAGUGAAAUCACAAAGCAGCUGCCAUAGCCAGAACAGCCACAGAGCAAACAAGAUGGAUGAGCUCACAGACAUGGAGUUCUUCAUUAGAAGACAUUCAAAUGAGAUUCUUUGUGACAGAAGUGAAAACGAAAGCUUUUGGACUGGGAGUGCCAAGGCCCAGGAUAACAUCACGGUUCGCAAGUCCGUUCUGGCAGACGCUUGCAAGGUGAAGAAGCUGCAGCAGAGCGGAGAGGCCUUCGUGCAGGACGGUUCCUGCAACAACAUCGCCCCGCACCUGCACAAGUGCCGCGAGUGCCGCCUGGACAGCUACCGCAAGAACAAGGAGCAGAGGGACUCCACUGUCUUCUGCCGCUUCUUCCACUUCAGGAGGCUGCAGUUCAAUAAGCAUGGGAUACUGCGUGAGGAGGGCUUCCUGACUCCCAACAAGUACGACCCUGAGGCCAUCAGCUUGUGGCUGCCUUUAUCAAAGAAUGUAGUGGGGCUGGAUCUGGACACGGCGAAGUACAUCCUGGCCAACAUUGGAGACCACUUCUGCCAGCUGGUGAUAUCUGAGAAGGAAGUGAUGUCCACCAUUGAGCCCCACAGGCAGGUGGCCUGGAAGCGGGCGGUGCGCGGCGUGCGGGAGAUGUGCGACGUGUGUGACACCACCAUCUUCAACCUGCACUGGGUCUGCUCCAAGUGUGGCUUUGGGGUCUGUGUGGAUUGCUACAGGAUGAAGAAAAAGAGCCUGCAUGAAGAUGACGACUCAGAUACCUUCUCCUGGUUUAAAUGUGUGAAGGGGCAGGCACAUGAGCCAGAGAAUCUAAUGCCCACCCAAAUAAUCCCUGGAAAAGCUCUCUACGACGUUGGUGACAUUGUUCACUCUGUGAGAACCAAGUGGGGAAUCAAGGCCAACUGUCCCUGUGCAAGCAAGCAGUUCAAGGCACUGUCCAAGCCAGCUCUGAAGGAUGAUUCCAAGCAGAACUUGGUACCUGGAGAGAGGAGCAACCUCCAACAUGCCAGUUUUGGCCUGAGCUCACAGGUCACUGCACACGAUCCUCCCCUGAAGGCAGCAAUUGGGAGUAAACAAACUGCUCCAGUAAAUACUUCUCCUUCCUUAAGCUGGCUGUCAAAUCUCACCAGUGGAAAUGUGAAUAAAGAAAACAAAGAGAAGCUUGGUGCACCUAUUUCCAAGAGUGAGAGCAAGCCUCUCCAGGCACUGCCUAGCCUGGCAAAGCCAGCUGCAGCCCUGCAGACCUUCAACAGCGCGAUCCUGACACCCGUGAGCAACAACAGCACAGGCUUCCUGCGCAACCUGCUCAACUCCUCCGCAGCCAAGACAGACAACGGCCUCAAGAGUACACCCAAAAUCCUUGAUGACAUUUUUGCUUCCCUGGUGCAAAACAGAACCAUCACAGACUUGCCCAAGAAGCCUCAAGGCCUGACCAUCAAGCCUACCAUCAUGGGCUUUGAUACCCCUCACUACUGGCUGUGUGACAACCGCCUGCUGUGCCUGCAGGAUCCCAACAACGAGAGCAACUGGAAUGUCUUCAGGGAGUGCUGGAAGCAGGGGCAGCCUGUGAUGGUGUCAGGAGUGCAUCACAAAUUAAAUGCAGACCUCUGGAGACCAGAGUCCUUCAGGAAGGAAUUUGGCCAGCAGGAAGUAGACCUGGUCAACUGCAGGACCAACGAAAUCAUCACUGGAGCUACUGUAGGGGAUUUCUGGGAUGGAUUUGAAGAUAUUGCCAAUCGCCUGAGGACAGAAGAAGGAGAGCCGAUGGUGUUGAAGCUGAAGGACUGGCCCCCAGGAGAAGACUUCAGAGAUAUGAUGCCCUCUCGGUUUGAUGACUUGAUGAAGAAUAUUCCAUUGCCAGAGUACACCAGGAGAGGUGGGAAGCUCAACCUUGCCUCUCGACUUCCCAACUACUUCGUGCGACCAGAUCUGGGCCCCAAGAUGUACAAUGCCUAUGGCUUAAUAACACCAGAGGACAGGAAGUACGGCACCACAAACCUGCACCUGGACGUGUCCGACGCCGCCAACGUCAUGGUUUAUGUCGGCAUCCCCAAGGGCCAGGCUGACCAAGAGGAGGAGGUGCUCAGAACCAUCCAGGAUGGGGACUCCGACGAGCUGACGAUUAAGCGCUUCACGGAGAGCCGGGAGAAGCCCGGAGCCCUGUGGCACAUCUAUGCUGCGAAGGACACGGAGAAGAUCCGAGAGUUCCUCAAGAAGGUUGCAGAGGAGCAAGGUCAGGAGAACCCUGUGGAUCACGAUCCCAUCCACGACCAGAGCUGGUACCUGGACCGCCCGCUGCGGAAGCGCCUGCACCAGGAGUACGGAGUUCAGGGCUGGGCCAUUGUACAGUUUCUAGGGGACGUAGUUUUCAUUCCAGCAGGAGCUCCGCACCAGGUUCAUAACUUGUACAGUUGUAUCAAAGUUGCAGAAGACUUUGUAUCCCCAGAGCACGUCAAGCACUGCUUCUGGCUCACUCAGGAAUUUAGGUAUCUCUCUCACACGCAUACCAACCACGAAGACAAGCUGCAGGUGAAGAAUGUGAUCUACCACGCUGUGAAAGACGCGGUGGGGAUCCUGAGAGCCAACGAGUCCAGCCUGAGCAGGCCCUGAGCUGGCACGCCUUACCCACGCCAGGAGACAAGCGUCGGCAGCUGUUUAACUACUCAGUCAGGACCUCUGUGGGCUCUGAGAGUCACUGAAUGUUACCUCAUCCUCCUUCCAGCAGUACCAGGGGCCCGUGGUACUCUCUGUGUGUGUUCUUCCAAUGUUUACAACCCCGAGGUGUAAAUCCGUGCGGACGGCCGGGGGCCUGCUGCGAGCGCUCAGCUGCAGGGGAGCU